AUGACUAUCACGUUCGAGGAGACGGAAUUUCAAUGCAGCAGGACAAGACCGGAUAUUCCAUACAUUCUCUACGUCGGAAUCGACUAUCUGCUACUCGUACUUCGAGAAGUCAACGAGAUCCACAGGAGUUUCCCAAAUAUGCCAGAUCCUCCUCAACGAUACAAGCUACAAUUGACCGAAUUCUGGGCCAGCGAGUUCAGUAAGAACUACGGUUCAUCUCCUAAAUUCGAUGACGAAAGUGUUGGUUUCGGAAUGGAAGAGAAUGCAGUCAUUGCCGCUGCCCUCCUCACUGGUAGUAAUAUUGUAGCAUAUUGGGAGUUCAGAGCUUUGUUCAAGGGAGAAAAUAGCUACUUUUUGGACGUGUCUGAGAAUGGAAAAUCUACCUUUGUAGGCAUGGAGAUGGAUCUGAGCAAGGCAGCGGAGGCACCAGUUACAGAUGCGCAAACUAAGACCGGGCAGCUUAAAAGCACGAUUUGGGUUGACAAGAUCGGGAAGCGGGCUUGA